AUGAUUCUUUUCCUAUUAGGUUUAAUCACGGAAGGUUAUAAUAAAUAUAAUCUUUAUCAGCGAGAGACCAUUUCAGUCAAAGCAAAUACCGCUAUUUAUCCUUCUGAUCUUGAAAAUCUUACAUAUCAAGAUACAUCUAAUAAAAAUUUGACCUGGCCUUAUUGGUCUCCACGAGAAACCGAGAUUGUCAUCACACCAAUAUUCCCACCUGAUUCUGAUAUUGAUUAUCGUAAAGUUGAAAUUAUCGGUGCUACUAUUCCCGAAGAGUGCUACGCUGUGGAAGGAGUUUUCAACGAUUAUUUGAGAACAAACCCUUAUCCAGGCUAUUAUAGUGAGCCAAUAUGCUACGCAUUUUUUAACUCCAAGUUCGGUUAUAAGACAAUAUGUUUAUUCGGAAGUGAAAAACGACAACAUAAUCACGCCAUACACUACUAA